AAGCCCAUUGAUGGCUUCCUGCUAAUAGAAGGAAAUGAGUUCUUCAUUAUGCAGAGGGUUUGAAAAUUUGUACUUCAGAGCAUACCAUCCAUCGCUAUGUCACAAUUCUUGUUCUUGACUCCACAAAUUCUUCUGCCCUUUAGUCCACUAACUUCUCAAGAAUUUGAUCUGAUUAGACACAAGGCCAGAGCAUCUUGGCAGAAUGAGACACGAUGGUGCGAUUCCUCUGUGACAACCUACUCAGGCAGUUACCGAGAAAAACAACUGGAUGAGUCCACCCACAGCCGGCUUGCUUUUCGGACAGCUGGACAGCAGGAGCUUGUGCAUAAACGGACAUGGUUGCCAAACAGCUCUACCCACAAUCCUCCACUCUCUGGAGCUGAUACCCAAGAGACUAAAGAUGUUAAAGGCCGAUUCCCUGAUAUAACUGGGUCCCUGAAAACUCCACUUGAAAUCAAGCACAGAGUGGUACACCAGACUUGGUAUUCUGCUGAUGCUCCUCCUGUACGUCCAAAAGACAGGAAAUCAUGUGUGAAAUCUAAGCAGCCAGCCCUGGAGAUGCGGAUGAACCUCAAAUGCAUGGGGAGAAUCUUCUCAAAGCAGGGACAAUGGGACUCUGUAAGCAAAGCCAGUUCAUCCGAAGACUCAGAAGCUGAUAGAUACUCCGAUUACGGUCGGGGUGGACUGCUAUCUUUACUUUCCUGACUUGGGAAACCAAGCCACAGGCUGGAGGCCCAGAGUUUGCGCGAUAAAGGACCCCGAGAUUCAACCUUGAAGAAGAAAUGAUGAGAUCUACCACCUCUGAAAGAAGAGUAAGUCUUGAUAAAUAAUCUGAGACUACCUACACGUGGACAAGAAGAAACAUGGAUCCCAAGUUCCUUGGAGUUACCACACUUACCUCAGGGCUUUCUUUCUGGGCUUGUUUAGUGAAUCGUUGCUACUCAUAAA